AUGAUAAAUCAAUCUUUAGCUAGCCAAUUGUUCAAUACUUUGAAUACUAUUCCAGAUUCCCCUUCUUUGUGUAAAGCCAAAUCAUCAAACGAGAGGGCUCAUUUAAACUAUAGAUUAAAGAACAGUAUAUUUUAUUAUCUUUAUUACAUCAUUUCAACAGAUGGUAAAUAUUUACCAACGUUAUUCCCAGAUACUGACUCAGAUUUAUUUCCAAAGACAAUAAUUGAUGCUUUACCGUUAGAUAAGAAACCUUUAAAACGUCCAUUUUUCGAUCAUAUCAAUAAGAAAAAUAUUAUUAAUCAUCAUUCUGGUAGAAAUUGUAGCCGAAAAUUUAGGAUUGGUGAGCCAAUUUAUAGAUGCCAAGAAUGUGGUUCUGAUGAUACGUGUGUUUUGUGUAUCCAUUGUUUUAAUCCCAACGACCAUGUGAAUCAUCAUGUCUAUACAAAUAUUUGCACAGAUGUUACUUCAGGUAUCUGUGAUUGUGGUGAUCACGAAGCUUGGAAAUCAGAAUUGCAUUGUAAGGCUGAACAAGAUUUUAAUAAUAAUAAUAAAAAUAAUAAUAAUAAUAAUGGCACAACUUCAUUGGCUGAUGAGGAGUUAUACUCUAAGGAUUCGAUUAAUGUUUUAGAAACCGUUCUAUCGACAGUAUUGGAUUAUUUUAUUGAUAUCUUUGAUCAAAAUAUUGAACCAUUGCCAACCUUACAAUCGAAAAUUACCAGACUUAUUAAAGAAUUUCAUAAAGAAGAACAAAAUAAUAAAAUCAUUGACUUCUUAAGGGAUUUAGAAUACAAAAACGUUUUUAUAAUCGAUGAUACUGAAGAAAAUACUACUAACACCAUUCAAAAUAAUACGUCAGCUUCAAAUGGCCUUAUAGAUAGUAGCUCAGAAGGAAAUAUUAACCCUACUACUACAAAUUCCGCACUUAAUUCCGAUAUUAAAGUUGAUUUACAAACAGAUAUUGAAACAGAAACAGAUACAGAAAUAGAAAAUGCUUCGGUACAAUCAAACCAUUCUAUUCAUUCAAAUUUGUCAAAUCAUUCGGAUCAUAAUAACAUAGAUUUAAGUCAAAUUAAUACCCCACCUCCUGCACAUUCGCCUCCAAUACCACCGCCUCCACAACGAGUUCCACCAAAGCAUCCACAAAUUAAAGACUAUACUGUCAUGAUUUACAAUGAUGAAUUCCAUAAUUAUUCACAAGCAACUACUGCUCUAAGACAAGGUGUGCCAGAUACUUAUCAUGUUGAUAUAUUAACAUCAAAAAUCGACAGUGAAGGCCGUGCCAUGUUAAAAACAUCUACCGAUUUGAAUACUUUGUUGACAGGCUUUAUUAAUGUUCAAAUUAAUGGGUUAAGUGCAACAUUAACCUCAUGGAAGGAAUACAUUCAUCAAGAAGUUUGCAAAUACAUUAUUGCAUGGAUCAAUCAUUGUUUGAAUUUACCAAAUCCUACUUUUCAAGAUGUAUUUAGAGAUAUUUUAGGGAAAGUUUUAUGUUCAACUCCAAAUGAAAAAUUCUUUUCAAAUAAUUCUAGAAUCCUUUCACAAGAUACUACUGCUAAUCUUUCAAAGAUGGAAACUAUCACUGAUUCUUCAAGCAUAAUUUCUAAUUCUUCGAAAGCGACUAAUGACAUUGAUAUGAUACAUAGUGGGUGUGAUGAUAACAAUAAUGAUAAUGAAUCUAAAAAUAUACCUCUUCAAAAUACUAUAAACAGAAGUAAGACUAAUACAAUUUUGGAUAAAUACGAUAUUUAUAAAUUUUCUCCAGAAUCUUAUGAUAAAUCAUUUGCAAACUUAUCUUUAUUAAACAAUGAUAGAAAAAUUCCCUUAGGUAGCCAUAAGCGAUUUACUUCGAAUGAGAGUGUAUCAAAGAUUUCAACAACUUAUCAAGAUGUGACAAGUGUUUAUGAUUUACCAGCCGAUGAAAUGGCAAAAUGUUACAAUUAUGCUAAUUCCAGAUUACAAUAUAUUUUAUAUUUCGAUAACAGAUUUUGGAAAAAACUAAGAAAAGAUAUUCAAAACGUUAUUAUUCCAACUUUAGCAUCCUCCAAUAUUUAUAAAACUGUAUUUUCACAACAGCUCUGCCAAAUAUUCAAUCAUAUUAUUAGAUCUGUAACUUAUAUGGAUAGAGAACCUCAACUAACUGCAUUAAGAGAAUGCAUUGUUCAAUUAUUUACCUGCCCAACUAAUAUCAAUCUAAUGUUUGAGUCAAAUUCUUUCGAAGAUAUUAUGUGGUCAGUUAAUGAUAUCUUCAUGGAUUUCACUAAAAUUGAAAAUGGCUUACUUAUAUGGCAAAGAGUACAACAAACAAAUCCUUCAAAAAGUUUCGCAAUUGCAUUUAAGCAAGGGUUAUACUCAAUUGAAACGAUUUUAAGUAAAGUGACUAACCCUAAUUUCAUUUUAAAUCCAAAAGUUUUUGUUUCAAUUGUAACCCUGUGUAAACUAUUUAAUGGUGCUUGGAAGAUUAAGCGUAAGGAAGGUGAGCAUGUACUACACGAAGAUCAGCACUUCAUUCCAUAUUUAGAUUUUACAACUUCAAUUUAUGGAAUUGUAGAAACAAUUGAGAAAGUUAUUGAAUCUCAGAUCGAAUUUACUGAUAAAGCGGCAUUGCUAGCUGCUAUAAAAUUAUUAAACAGCUAUUUGAGUCAUAGAUCACUUUCGUAUAAACUAGUGUCGGACACUCACGAGGUAAUUAAGUUUCAAGUUAGUACUGAAAGAAUUGCUUACAUGAAUCCAGUUCAUACAUUAUUUUCCUUAUUAAUCGAGAAAAUUCCGUUACAAUUGGCGUUUGAUGCCAUUGGCGCUACAUCUGACUUCUUAAAAAUAUCUGAUUUCACCCUGAGAUCAAUUGUUCUAUGUUGUCAAAUCGACUCUGGGUUUUGGGUUAGAAAUGGUAUGUCUGUAUUGCAUCAAAUCACAUAUUAUAAGAAUAAUCCUGAACUAAACUCAUAUAUUAGAGACUUGCACAUGAAUCAAUUAUCAUUUUUAUUUGAAAGAGAUGACGUCCCAAGAAUUAUUUUUAACAUUCUUGACAGGUGGGAAAUCUUACAGUGGUUUAACAAUGAGCAAGAAUUUCGGGAAACUGUUUACGAGGAUAAAAUAUUUACAAUUAUCCAACAAUUUAUUUCGUUCAUAUAUCAAAUCUUAACUGAGAGAGAAUUUUUUUUAAAAGAUGUUACUACUGAAAGCAGAAAAGAAUUUCAAAUUAAGAAUGCUAUUAUGUAUGGAUUGUACUCCCAGCCAUUGUCUUAUUCCAAAUUAUUAAAAAAUAUUCCUGAUUAUUUGAAAGAAGAGACAUCCGAAUUUGAUAGAAUUUUAAAAGAUAUCUCUGAUUUUAUAGAGCCUAAAGGUUUAGCUGAUAGUGGUGUUUUCCAAUUAAAAGACUCAAUAUUCUCUGAUAUAGAUCCUCUAAAUAUUGCUAAUAUGGAAAACGAUUUUGAAAGUAGUUCAACGGUUAUCAAAACACGCCUUGCCAAAAAGAAAAAAGAUAUAGCUAAAGUUGUUCUUCAACCCCAGAUUUGUGAUCUUUCAUUAUUAGAUGAAAAUGUCAAGUAUUUAGGUAACUUUACAAGAGCUAAUGUUUUUGGAAAAUUAGUUUAUAAACUAUUGCAAACUUCCAUAGACCUUGAGGAUGGUAGUUAUUUAUAUGAGCUAUUGCAUUUAUUACAUGCAAUUUUCAUAGAUAAUGAGCAAGUUAAUGGUAAAGAUACAUUACCCGAAACUUAUAUGAGAAUGCCAGUUUGCAACUUAUUAUUACAAAUCGCAAACUCAAAGACUGAUACAUUUUCUGAGCAUAUUCUCUCAAAAGCAGAUUUUUUGCUACAAUAUAUGAUUAGAAAAGAAAAGGAUGCUGUUUUUGAUAUUUUGGUGUCUAGUUUUGGAGAAGAGUUUGUCAAUGAAUAUAAAUCAAAGAAACUAGAUCAAGGCAUCAAUUUAGAGGAAACUGAAAAAGAACGUAAAAAGAGACUAGCUAAGAAACGUCAAAAGAAGAUGCUAGCAAAAUUUUCAAACCAGCAAUCUAAAUUUAUGAAAGAACACAAGUCUGAAUUCACUAAGGAUGCAAAAACUCCGAGUGAAAGUGAUAUGGAUAUUGAUUCGGAAGAGCCAGUUAAUGAUAUCGAGGAGUUCACAUGUGCUUUAUGUCAGGAUGAUAAAUCAAAAGACUUUUUUGUAGUACCUGCAUAUCAUGAGAAUACUCCCAUUUUUAGAUCCGGAAAUAUUUCCAAUCCGGCUGAAUUUAGCAAACCAUGGAAUGGGUUUGUUAAUGAUGAUAACAAUUUAAUUUAUACUGAUGAUACCACUUUGGCUACAUUGAGAAAAGAUGGUACAAUAGGUUCAAGAAAGGUUUUUGUUUCAUGCAAUCAUAAAGUUCAUUAUUCAUGUUUUAAGAGAUACAUUCAAAAGAAGCGCUUCUCGCCUAAUUCAUUCUUAUGUCCACUCUGCCAAACCUAUUCUAAUACAAUGCUACCUAUUUAUGAGACCACUAAAGAUAAUCAUGGGCUAACUCUAGAUUAUUUAUUAAAGGAAAAAUGUUCAGCUAGCACUCUUCUACAAACUUUGCAAACUUUCAGCGCCGAAGAUUAUAAGAAUGUAUUUUCGUUAGUAACAUAUUCAGUCGAUCAUGCUCAGGCAUUUGAUCACAAUCUGAAGAAGACCAAGGGAUUUGAAAACAAAGAUACUAGCAGAAUACUAACUACGCAUUGGGCAAACACAAUUUCAAUGAUGGAGGUAUCAUCUAGAUUGGCCACAAAUGCUGCUAAAGACUUAUUAGUUGGUAAAGAGCAAAAAUUUAAAACUUUAAAAAAUAUUUUAAUAGGCAUUAUUAUGACAUGUUAUACAUUAGGUGUACCUAAAAAGGAUUUUGAUCCAUAUAUUAAUGAUGGUGCGGUGAUCUAUAAUGAAAAUCAAAUUUUCCAAUAUAUUGUUAAAGAAUCGUUAUUCUCUGAGAAGCCAUUAGCAGAAUCAAUUAAAUCCGCAUUAGCAGCCUUUACUGGCCAAUUCAUUACAGAUUUCAUGUGGCAAAUUAGAGCUGGUGAUUCUACUAAGUUGAUGAAGAAGGCUAAGGAAUUUGGUAUUUUUUACAAAGUUCCAACCAAAUAUAUUGAUAGCUUAAUCCAAAUAUUUGGAGAACAAAACCUCAAUACAGAAAAACAGUUAAAUGAAUACAGUCUGGCAUACACCAGUUUACUAAGAAACUUAAUGCCGAUAAUUAGAAGAUGUUUUCUGCUAUUGAAAGCUUUUCAUCAAUUACUAAGAUCCUCAGAUUCCGAACUAACUUUUGUAAAUGGUGUUAAUAUCGAAAAUGAUUUUAGUGAUCUUGACACGGAAGAGUUUGUCGAAGCUGGUACUGCUAUUUUAACAAAUUGUUCUUCCUUAGAUGAAAUAUUUUAUGGUGCAUUUUUGUAUAACCAAGAAUUAGCAAAAACUUCAAAUAACAUAGAUCCAUAUUUAAAAUUGAUUCCAUAUGAAUAUUGUGGUAUUGUUAAAAUGGUCAAUAUAUCUAAACACCUAAAUACUUAUAUUACAAAUUCAAAGGAAUUUAGAUUGCGAGAAGAACAUUCAUCAAACUUAAAAAAUGUUCAUAAUAGACUAGACUUCAAGAUUUGCUUAGCCUGUGGUGUCAAAAUUCAUCAAAGAGCAGAUCGCCAUGAAAUGUCUAAGCACUUGCAAAAAUACUGUUUUAAGUCUUAUGGUGCAUUUUUGAUUCCAAAUACUGGUGAAAUCUGUUUAUAUUUAUCUCAGCCAGCUUCGACUGUUUUAAUCCCUGCACCAUACUUAAAUUCACAUGGUGAAACUGGUAAGAAUGCUAUGAGACAAGGUGAUUUAACAACGUUAAACUUAAAGAGGUUCGAGCAUUUGAAUAAGCUGUGGGCUGAAAAUGAAAUCCCAGGUUACGUCAGCAGAUUAAUGGGAGAUGAUUUUAGAAUGAACAUUAUUUCUAAUACAUUUUUGUUUCCAUUUAAUGGUAGAUUCCAAGCAAGACGUGUAGAUCGUGAAGAUACUACUGGCGAAGAUAACAAUGAUGCAAAUGAUGACUCCCAAGACGACGAUGAUGAUGAUAGAGAUGAUCGUGACCGCGGAAAUAUACCUGUUUUUGGUGGGCCAAAUUUCUUUUUAAACCGUGAUGUUGCUGAACAAACCAUUGGAGGUACAGUUGGGCAAACACCAGGUAUUCCAAAUGAAAUGGCGGCUACUAAUCCGGAAGAAAUUGAUGAUGAUGAUUUAUUUAUGGCUGUUGACGAAGAUGAAGAUGAAAUGGGUGCAGAUCAUCGAAUCGUUAAUAUUUUUGAAGGUUUCAGAAAUAUAUUUGAUGCAACUUUAGCUGAGCAAGGGGCUCCAUUUACUGCCCCAAUUAUAGAGUUUCUAGGUCCAAGACUAAGAAGAGCCGGUGCGCCACAAGAAUAUUUGGAAGAGGAAGAAAUCAUUGAUUCUGAGAAUCAUGAAACUACUUUGAGUGAAGGUACUAAUGAAGAAGUUAAUGGGGAGGAUGAAGAAGGCGAUGAUGAGGACGACGAUGAUCAUUUUGUUGAAGCUUAUGAUGAUACUGCACAGUUUGAAUAA